CACAGCCCCCUGGUGCAGAAAAUGGUUCUGAAAAUGGGGUGAGGGAACCGCCGUGAUCCGUCAUCAUCAUUUUAUCUUCAGUCUUUCUGUCACAUUUCCAUUGACUAUUUCACGCACUGUUCGCCCCUCGACUGCAUCCUCAAACUCUUACUACGCGCUACCUCUCUCGUACACUACCCCGAAAGACCCUAAAUCAACACCUCGCACACGCCUCUCACCACCUACAAUGCCCGAGUCCCAUCGCCUCCCUCCCAUUCCCUCCGACCUCCCUGACAUCACCACUCGGCAGAUGCUGGCCAACUUUGUCCCUGAGAAUAUGGACUACGGUCGUAUCUCGGCAAAUUCGACCCGCGCCCCUACCGAUCACACGAGGGAUGUCUUUAGGGAGACGGUGGACAAUGGUGUGCGGUUUGUCUUGGACCCGGGGCUGAACAGUCGGCUAAAGGAGGCCCUUGACGAUGCUGUGCCUCUCCGCGAGCUCGCCCCAAGGGAUCUCACCCACACGUUCUCUAGGAGACAGGUCUUCCUGGCCCAUGAAGGACACGAAGAGGAUGAAGAGGAUGAGGUUGAGGAAACGGGUGACGAGCAUGAAGGGCGUGAGGAAGGCGAGCGCGAUGAGGGUGGUCAAUACACCAUCUUCAAUGAGCCUCAGCUCUCAGCCAGGAUGGGGUCCGUCUUCUGGGAAUUCGUCAACUUGGUCACCCUAAGCGGUAUUUUACCGAAAAGAAGUCGCGGCUUUUGGCGACCUUCUAGUGUGCCGGGAAGCGGAGCUCCUGACUGGGUGUAUGUCAGAAAAAGAGAGAAGACAGUCGCCUCUUUCGCAGAGUUGAAGCUGCAUACCGUCCUCCCUGCCGCGAAGGUCCAACAACUUAUGACGGAGGCGGGGAAGCCGGGGGGGAUGCGAGUAAUCAUGUCAGAAGAAGAGGUUUUUAAGGUGGUUGAAGAAGAUGGUGAAGCGAUCAAGGGGCUACAGCAUUGGGCGUAUGCCGGCUCCCAGUUGUGGGAAGAAUUCUACCUCUACAAGAGAGCAUCUGUCGUCAUCUUGAGCUCCUACGAGCUUUUCAUUCCUGUACAACGGGAUCCAUUCGCUCCAAACGUGGUUCGCGUCGGCCUACCCAUCGGCAGGACUGGCCCCGUGACUGGGUACGGCGAUGGAAAGUUGACAUGUGCGGAGCUCGCGGUCGCCUGUGCCCUUCCCUGCCCCGACCCCAUGCCCUCUACUCCGUUCCCCCCGCUCCCCAAGCUUAAGCCUGAAACUGGCAUCACCGGGGCAUCUAGUGCUCGCGCCUCCGGCAAGAAGUCUUUGGCCAGCAAUAGCAAGAAGACUGCCAAGCCGGAGACUGGCACCAAAAAGGCUUCCGCGCAGGGUAUGCAGGAGAAAAGUCCCCGGAAGGGUGCUUUGGACAGGUUCCGGGACUGGAAGCAGAGAAAGGGACUCUAGAGCCAGAUGUAUAUAUAUCGACUACUUUACAGUAAUACGAAG